AUGUCGCGCACUGCUUUGUUUUUUCUUAUUGCCGUAGGGAGGGUCGGCAUGCUCGGCAUUCUACUGCUCGCCAUUCUCUGGAUGCACGAGACCGAAGCUUCAUCUGCCGCCAGCGCAAGCUCCACCCAGACCACGUCAGCAACACCGGCUGCCAGCACGACCCCCUCCACGACCACCGCCUUCCCCACGGGAGUGCGUCCCCUGAACCAAGGUGUUAUCGCCACGACUGGCGUGUGCUCCACCACCGCACGUGCAGCCUCGAUGCUAGCCCCACAAGGAGCAUGCAUGUACGUCGAAGACAAUCAUUGGCAAGCUUAUUGCAAUGCAGAUGGCAGCAUCAGUGCCCAAAUAUUUGACGACACGGAGUGCACCCAGCCCCGUGAUCUCAUUCACAUUGAUGCCGACGACUGUCCCAUGUAUUGUGACCACCUCUCGAGCGACCACCAGGUUCUUCUCUUGAUUCACCCAGAUGACUGCAGUGCCACACCCAUGGGAAUAAUGCCCCUGGUGGAAGAAACAUGUAGCCUCAGCUUCUUUGAACGCGCCUUUGGCAUUGACUACGCCCGGGUGUGCGGCAGUGCUAGUUCUUGCCCCAGCAACAAGCGCUACCUUCCCGAAUACGCCACAAUCGAAGCCACUUGCCUCAACGACCGCGUUACCCUGUCCCUCUUCAACGCCUCCGGCUGUGGUGGCACCGCCACCACCCACACCUUCAACGCCAACGAAUGCAUCGACGGCGAAACCUUUGGCAUUGGUUCGUGUCUCGCGCACGAGAUGUCUCGAUAG